GAGGAGGAGCAGGAAAAAAGAGAUCAUAGACUUCCAUUUCGGCCUAGAGCGGCCCUUAAAGUGCUGGGGAGAGGAGGGCGGGCGGGGACCACCCCAGAGCAGGCCGCCGGCAGUAUCAUGGCCACCCGGAACCCCCCUCCCCAAGAGUGUGAAAGCGAUGACGACUCUUACGAAGUGUUGGAUUUAACUGAGUAUGCGAGAAGACACCACUGGUGGAAUCGAGUGUUUGGCCACAGUUCGGGACCUAUGGUAGAAAAAUACUCAGUAGCUACCCAGAUUGUAAUGGGUGGCGUGACUGGCUGGUGUGCGGGAUUUUUGUUCCAGAAAGUUGGAAAACUUGCAGCAACCGCAGUGGGUGGUGGCUUUCUUCUCCUUCAGAUUGCCAGUCACAGUGGCUAUGUGCAGAUUGACUGGAAGAGAGUCGAAAAAGAUGUAAACAAAGCGAAAAAACAGAUUAAGAAACGAGCAAAUAAAGCAGCACCUGAAAUCAACAAUGUAGUUGAAGAAGCAACAGAAUUUAUCAAACAGAACAUUGUGAUAUCCAGUGGAUUUGUGGGAGGCUUUUUGCUAGGCCUUGCAUCUUAAGGACAUGAAUGUUCUACCAUAGUGGAUUCAAUGUGAGAAGAGAAGUGGUGGCUACAAGGUGGUCUGUCAACAGCACAGACCACUAGAGUCUUCAGGGCAAGGAAGAACAACUGGCUGGACAAUAUUGAACUCACAACUUAGCAUUUUGCCAUCUGAAGCUUGGCAAACUAGUAUUUGCUGUCAACCUAUACGGUAUGCAAACAAUAGUAUUCCUGAGCAAAACACUUUCAUCAUUUUUAAAAAUUUGCAUCUGUUUAGAAGCUAGCCUAUAAAAUAUCACCAUUGGAUGUAGAUAUGGAAAAGAAAUAAAUGUUGGAUUUAUUGCCCAGUGAAA